AUUGGCCAAGCAGCAUUGUACCUAACACAAAUCUCUCUGUGCAUUAAUUUGCGCCCUAACUCGGGCAGGCGGCUGGCGUAGAGCGGCAGGGCUCCACAGCUUUGGCGGAAAGAUUUAUCGUAACAGCCAACCAAUGCUCUUAAGUACUAAAUCUAUGAAAAUGGUAGAAUUACUGCAGAAUGUGUUGUAGAGAUUAACAGCAUUAAACGUCUAGUCUCAUCCCCUGAUGUUUUUAACAAUACUCUAUUGGAGAAUUGCUGUGAGAGAAUGCAGAGCAACUGCCUUGUGUCAAUGCCCUGAAUGUAAUACCUCACUCCAUGUCCAUUAUUACCAUAAUAUUAUAGGGAGCAGGCUAAAGCACCUUGCGCUAAGUUUUGCACGAAUAAUAAAAGACCCAAAGACUGAUAUGGGGUUCAACCUGAAGAUCAGGGAAGCCAAAGAGCCGGCCACUAGCUCUCACCUCAAGCUCAGGCUGAAAGGACUGAUCCAUGAACAACUUCUUCACCAAGCCUCAAACUGCUGUCUCUCCUCAGCGUGACUGGGGAGAAUUUUGAGGCUGCAAUGUCUUGCUAUCCUCAGGUUGGCUGGAGAAUGAAUCUCUCCUAUCUUCAGUGUGCCUGGAGAAUGAAUGCCUCCUACUCAAUACUGAAGACCCUGCUUCUAUCUUUUAUGCACACAUAGUGCUGAGAUUAGAGGUAGUGAUCUGUUACUCUUUUGGACUGAUUCAAUCUCAUUUAUACCUGGGUGGACUUGAACUCAGAGAGAUGCCUCUACCUCUGAAUCCUGAGUCUUAAGAUUAAAGCUCAGCUGUCACUGUUGCAGCCAGCUGCCUGAACUCAGAAUUUGUCCCUGGGUUUUCUGGACACUGAAACUAAUGUAACAGGGAUCCAGAUGUUAAUAUGACUGAUUCCCUCCUGUGUAUAACUGGGUGCCCUUGAACUCAGAGAGAUCCAUCUACUUCUUAAUCCUGAGUCCUAGGAUUAAAGCCUCACCAGAAACUUGGGUGGUGUCUCUGGGUUCUUCCAAGUGGUCUUCGUGGUCAGUCUAUUUCUGGUGCUUUUCAAGGCAGUCCGAUUCUACUUAAGAAGGCAGUGGCUGCUCAAGACCCUGCAGAAGUUUCCAUCCACGCCUUCCCAUUGGCUUUGGGGGCACCAACUGAAGGACAAGGAACUCGAGCAGAUUCUUAUCUGGGUAGAGGAAUUCCCAAGUGCCUGCUUACACUGGCUCUCAGGGAGCAAGGCACGAGUCGUGCUCUAUGACGCUGACUAUGUGAAGAUGAUUCUGGGGAGAUCAGAUCCAAAGGCUUCUGGAAUUUAUGGACUCUUUGCUCCCUGGAUUGGUUACGGUUUGCUUCUGUUGAAUGGGAAGAAGUGGUUCCAGCACCGGCGGAUGUUGACCCCAGCUUUCCAUUAUGACAUCCUCAAACCCUAUGUCAGAAUCAUGGCGGACUCUGUCAAUACAAUGCUAGACAGAUGGGAGAAGCUUGAUGGUGAGAACUGCCCUCUGGAGAUCUUUCACUAUAUCUCUUCAAUGACACUGGACACUGUUAUGAAGUGUGCUUUCAGUCACCAGGGCAGUGUCCAACUGGAUGAAAAUUCCAGGUCCUACACUAAGGCUGUUGAGGAUCUGAACAGCCUUGCUUUCUUUCGAAUGAGGAGUGCCUUCUAUGAGAAUAACACCAUCUAUAAAAUGUCCUCUGAUGGCCGUUGGUUCUACCGUGCCUGCCAGCUUGCUCAUGAGCACACAGAUGGAGUGAUCAAGAUGAGGAAGGCUCAGCUGCAGAAUGAGGAAGAGCUGGAGAGGGUCAAGAAGAAGAGGCGCUUGGAUUUCCUGGACAUCCUCUUGUUUGCCAAAAUGGAGGAUGGGAGCAGCUUGUCUGAUGAGGACCUGCGUGCAGAGGUGGAUACAUUCAUGUUUGAAGGUCACGAUACCACAGCCAGUGGAAUAUCCUGGAUUUUCUAUGCUCUGGCCACACACCCUGAAUACCAGCAGAGAUGCAGGGAAGAGGUGCAGAGCAUCCUGGGAGAUGGAACCUCUGUCACCUGGGAUCACCUGGACCAGAUGCCCUACACUACCAUGUGCAUCAAGGAGGCCCUGAGGCUCUACCCACCAGUACCAAUUGUUAGUCGAGAGCUCAACACACCUAUCACCUUCCCAGAUGGACGCUCCUUACCUAAAGGUAUCACAGUUGCAAUCUCCAUUUAUGGUCUUCACCAUAAUCCAAGUUUAUGGCCAAAUCCUAAGGAGUUUGACCCAUCUAGAUUUGCACCAGAUUCUUCUCGGCACAGCUAUGCUUUCCUGCCCUUCUCAGGAGGAGCAAGGAAUUGCAUUGGGAAACAGUUUGCUAUGAAUGAGCUGAAGGUGGCCGUGGCCCUGACUCUGCUCCGCUUUGAGCUGUUGCCUGAUCCCACCAGGGUCCCAGUACUCAUACAAAGACUUGUUUUGAAGUCCAAGGAUGGGAUUUAUCUUCGUCUCAAGAAGCUAAGAUAAUUCUGUUGGAGAAAAGGACAGCUCUGGGGGUCUCCUGUCUGCAGUACUUUCUCUUGUCACCUGCUUUUGUCCUGGACUUGUCUGUAUUUCUUUUGCUUCCUCUCUGACCCUCAUUCCACGACUGACUGUAAAGUUUCCCAUUGUCCCAUCUUUCUGUCCUUUCUCUAACUCUCCUCAGACUCCUUCCCUGAUUCUGUGUAUACCUCUCUCCCACCUGGCUGUGUCUCUGACUCAGCACAUAACCCAUGAACACCUGCCUGUCCUCAGUUUACCCUUUCUAACCAUCAAUAUAACAGAAGAAGAGAUACUUUAAAGGGAGACACUCUUGCCUAUCCCUUUGGCUAUGGGACUCUUGAGAUAAUGGACACUAUGAAUUAAAUUGCCUUUAAGAAUCUGUGCCAGCCAGAAGAGAAACUUGACUCAAGGAAGAUACUCUACAUAUUCUUUCUGUCCCAUGACAAAGUUAACAUAUUCAGAUUUCUUGGCAUUUGCUUCAUGCACCAAGCUAUACAUAAAUCAAUUUUACUUCAUCUACUUCUGUUUUCUAUUUUUUAAAGAUAAAGGCAUGAACCUAAGUAUCCCAAAGUGGCUUUGGCAAGCCAGCCAUUAGAGUAUCUUGUCACUGUCUGUUCCCUACCAUUAGAGUGUGGUAGAAUUCUCAGCUCCUCAGAGGUUUGUAUUUGCCUUUUGAUCCUUGGGGCUUUCUGUCUUUAAAUUUAGACUGAUGAUUUGGUGAAGCUAAAGAGAUUUCUGAUUGUUUUUA